GUGCAGUUUCAGAUAGCAGCCCAGCUUUGGCCGCUCAAGCCAAACAGCUUGAGGAGUGGAUCAACCACUUGGUCGCAUCCCUCGGCGCCAUCAGCAAGUUUGCUGGACGGUCGACAGCCAGCAAUUAGCCGCAAAUGCUCAGCGACCGCGUUGACCAACAACCGGCCGCUGCCGCCAAGGAAUGGAGAAGUUCGACGACUAUCACAAAACUGAUCCGCUGCAAUGGUGGAUGGCGUUCAACACGGAGGCCGACGUACAUCAUACUCCGCCCCUACGGCGGAUGGACGCAUUCUACCUCCAACUUAUAGGCGGGGUGCAAGCAUUCAUGACGCACACGACCGUCACGCUCGAAUGUACCAUCGCCACCCUCCACACGAAGAUCACGUGGGAGGAGUUUGAAAAGAAGUGGAAGACACGGUUCAUGGUGAACAAUGACAAGCGUCACGCCUUGAACAAGAUCUUCCACAUCUUCCAAGGCCAGCAACCUUCGCGGGAAUGGCUAACGGAGUGGCAAAGACUCGUUGCCACCCCGAAGUUGAACCUGCCGUUCGACUCAAUUCGCGACGAGUUCUUCGCCCGAUCUUGCGACGCUUUGACAGCUGUUGUCGGCAGCAAAUUCGAGUAUAAGAACUUUGACGACAUGAUCGCCAAAGCUAGAGAACUUAUACAAGGUAACCGGCGUGCGGCUAACGAGCCUCGCCAACAGCCCGGUUACGUGGAGAAAGGCAAGGGACAACGGACGGCGCAAGUAGCAGCAGUCCAGCAAGGAACAAGUGAGGACCACGCAACCGCUUCAACAUCAAGUGAUGGAGAUGUGGCGGCAGUGAUACCACCGCGAUGCACGAAACCCCGAGGGGGAAAGAAGGCGAAAGAAGCGUCGGCGGAGGGAGAACGACAGGCACCAUGGACGAAAUUUGGCAUUACCAAAGAAAUGUUCAAGCUCGGGAAACUGAGAACGGCGGGAAGUUCAGCGACAACAUUUCCCAGUCCGCCGGAGUCGGCUGCCUUGCUAGCAGCCUCUCUCACAUCCGGGGACAUCACGGUGGUUGCAAGUUCUCGCGUUGAGUUUGAGAACUAUGCUGUCGAGCUGGUCCCACCGUUGAACCAGCCUCUCCACGUGCAAGAUUCAAGCGUAUGUGCGGCAUUUCCGUCGUCGGACAACGAACCGGUUGCUUCGCCAGCCCUUCUAUCGGAGGACCCGUCAACUUGCACGAGACUUGAGGAUCUCGACCCGUUGAUGGUUGAGGACUUCCAAUGGUUGCCUCUUCCCUCCACCGGUUCUUUGCCAACUCUGCAUUGCAAUGCCUUAAUGGCACAUCUGCGGGAAUACUUGCACGCUGCAGUACCACCUCCGUCGACGAACGACGGAGUAGCGGUUGUUGACCUUCGUAACUAUCUUGCGAAGAUCGACUGCGAGUACGCAACGCAACGGUACGUCGACAACGACGCGGCGCUCCUCUACAUCCACAUUCAGAUCGGAAAAGCGACCUGCAAUGCCUUGAUCGAUUGCGGAGCGACUCGCAACUACAUCAGCCAAGACUUCAUGGCACACGUCAGGCUUGGCCCGCGCGUUCGAAGGAAAAGCGGCGCCAAGUACUUCUCGAAGCUUGACCUCAAGUCCGGUUAUCACCAAAUCGAGAUUCAGCCAAGAUAUCGGUACAAAAGCGCUUUCAAGACGCGGUAUGGGCACUUUGAGUGGAUCGUCAUACCUUUCGGUCUCACCAAUGCCCCGGCUACUUUCCAAGCGGCUAUGACGACGGAAUUCCGCGACUUACUCGACCGCUCCGUACUCAUUUACCUCGAUGACAUCUUGGUUUAUAGUCGGUCGUUGGACGAGCAUCUCGAGCACCUUCGCGCCGUCUUAAGCAUCUAUGACCCGAAGUUGCCAACCAAAGUGACUACGGACGCUUCCGGUUACGGCAUUGGCGCAGUUUUGGAACAGCAUGACGACACAGACUGGCAUCUGGUUGAGUACUUCAGCCAAAAGGUGCCGCCCACCAACACUCUUGAUGAUGCGAGGAAAAAGGAACUCCUAGCUUUUGUCAUCGUACUUAAGCGUUGGGGUCACUUUCUCCUCGCGCGUCAGCGAUUCACGUGGGCAACGGACAACAAUCCAUUGACAUAUUACAAGACGCAAGACACGGUGAGCAGCACGAUCGGUCGAUGGAUGUACUUCAUUGACCAGUUCGACUUCACCUCCAAGCACAUUCCGGGCUCCUCGAACAAGGCAGCGGAUGCUCUCUCGCGAAGACCUGAUCUUUGCGCCUUGGUGCACUCCACAUUCGGCCUCGACGAGAACCUGCAACAGCAUUUCGUAAACGACUACAAGUCGGAUCCGGGAUUCUCCACACUCUAUGCAGACUUAUCAUUGCAUCAACCGCCGGCAAGCAACUAUCGCAUUGUCGACGGCUACUUGCUUCUUCAUACACGAGAUCCUGUUGAUGAUAGAGCUGACAAUAGGAGACUUACACGUUCGGAAGCAUUAAGGGUUCCGCACGUGUUCAGGACCCUGGACGAGGGAGAAGAAAGACGGCUUCGUGCCGAACGUAGAGCCCGUGCUCUAGCAGCAGGACUACAGGAAGCAAACAGAGUAGCAAGAGAGCGUGCAACAGCAGCCAGAGCAGCCGCAAUGGCUAAUGGUACCAGCUCUGCUGCGUCAUCGUCUGCGUCCUCGUCAAGGACUAGUGGGACUCAGUUGGGAAUGCCACUGAAUUCGACGAGUUCCUCGGGCACUUCCGGUUCAACAGGGUCUAGACAGUCUUCUAGUCAAAUGGCGGGCUCGCAGUUCAGCCCGUUGACCCCACGUGAGAGGGAGCUCAGAGAGAUCCAGCAGGUCGAGAGGCUCCGCCAGCAGUUAGAGGAGGAUCUGAAGAAAGCAACCGAUAGAGAAAGAGAGAUAAAAAGUAGAGCGGCCAGACUUGAUACGUUAGAGGCUGACAAGGCUGCGUUAGAGGGAUUGGACGAAACAGGUUUGUCUGAACCCCUGAAAGUGUUGAAGAACAACAUGUUGUCACUGCAUGCGCACGUAGACAGCAGGUUGGACUUCAUGCAGAGCACUUUGGAGCAGAUCCUGGAUGCAUUGACAAAGUCAAGAUUCCGGCCACCAGCACAAUCGCCAUUGCCGUUAUCGGCGAUGUCAGGCCCCUUUCCAGUUCAAGCUGGUACCCAGCCUAGUGGUACGUCUGGAGCAGUCUCACAAACUGUUCCACCUUCUUCUUCGGGUCCAGCGAUGGUUGCUACACCACCGCAACAACCUGUCUCUCAACAGGGACAGCAGCAAGGUCAAUGGUACCCCAAGACCCCUAUGAAACCGCCUCUUGCCUUCUCAAGCGAGAGGAAGGACGAGGAACUCAACACAUGGUUGAGGACGGUCCCGGUUUGGGUGAAAGUCGAAAGGACCUUGCCAGAGGAUGAAGUGGUAACCGCGGCAUCUUACCUAGAGGGUAAGGCAGCCAAAUGGUUAGAUGGGGUAGUUGUAAAAGCCGGGUACGGGCCACACAUGGCGGACUGGGCCAAGUCUUUGACUUUAGACCAGUUCAUGGAGAUGGUAGAAGCUCGAUGGCAUAACCAACAGGAGGCGCAAAGGGCCACUGAUGCCAUAAAUAAACUAAACCAGCGCAAGUUCCGGUCAGUUAGAGAGCUUACGACUACCGUUGAGAGUCUGAUCCUUGUCCCGGGCAUCAACUACAGUGACCAGUUCCUGUUAACUACUUUCAUUAGAUGUCUUCCAGAGAACAUCAGGAACUUACUAGCCAGUGAGGCACGCACCGAGUACCACUCAUUUGAGACAUUGUCUAGGAAGGCUUUAGAUUUGGAGGCCACGCUAGGCAAUGCUCAACCCACCUCAGGAAAUGACUCAAAAAAGAAGAAGAGUCCUCAGGAGUGGAAGAAGAAGGGGGCGAAGUUGAUGAUGGUGGAGUCUGAUGGGACUCAAACUGAAAUCGAUGAGCUCUCUGACCUGGUGGACUACACAGAGUUUGACGGCGAGGAGAUAGCUGAGGGUAGCACCCUCGCCACGGUAGUAAAGACUAAGGCAGGUGGCCAAGGGAAGGGCCAACCUAGGAGUCAAGGAAAGGCCGCCUCCAAUCAGACCAAACAGGCUGAGUGGGUUAAGGCAGGUCUUGAUCAAGACGUGUGGCGUGACCGCCGAAUGCGUGGCGCUUGUAUCAACUGCGAAGAAUACGGACACACGCAGUGGAAGUGUCAGAACGCUAAGCACGCUAUGAAUCGGAUCUUCCAUGACCAUUUAGAUAAGUUUGUCGUGGUCUACCUAGACGACAUUCUGAUCUUUAGUAAGUCUGCCGAGGAGCAUGCAAAGCAUGUUGAGACAGUUCUCUCACUCCUUCGACACCACAAGUAUAAGGUCAACAUAGAGAAGUGUGAAUUCGAUCGCACUAAGAUACUAUACUUGGGUCAUGAAGUAUCCGCGGAGGGAAUUAGGCCGGAAGAUGCGAAGGUGGCUAGUAUUCGAGACUGGCCACGACCUCAGACAGUCACUGAGGUCAGAUCUUUCUUAGGAAUGUGCGGCUACUAUAGGAACUUCGUAAAUAACUAUUCUACAGUCGCCUCUCCUUUGACAGAUCUAACUCGACUUGACACGCUGUGGGACUGGAGUGAUGAGUGCGAAGGUGCUUUCAAGCGAUUGAAGCAUGCACUCAUGAAUCAUGAAGUUCUCAUGGUUCCCGAUCCGCAGAAGCCGUUCAUAAUAACCACUGACGCAAGCCAAUACGGCAUUGGCGCAGUGCUGGCUCAGCAGGAUGGGAAAAAGUUGAGACUGAUUGAGUACAUGAGUAAGAAGAUGCCAUCGAAGAAGUUGGCUAAGUCCACCUACGAGAGGGAACUCUAUGCUCUCUACAAGGCACUUGUCCAUUGGAGACACUUCGUUUUGGGAAGAAUGUUAGAUGACGCAAAGAAGUAUGCUGAGACCUGUCAGGUCUGUCAGCGGGACAAGCCGCGAACUCAAGCACCGCUUGGGUUAUUGAAGCCUUUACCUAGUCCUGAUGGUCCAGGAUUGAGUGUUUCCAUGGAUUUCAUGGACACUCUUGUGACCAGCAAGAGUGGUAAGAGGCACAUUUUCGUCAUCAUUGACCGAUUCACCAAGUACGCUAGACUAAUACCAAUGCCAGAGACAGCCAGGACAGAAUACGUCAUCAAGUUGUUCAAGGACAACUCGGUAAGGGACUUUGGUUUACCAAAGACCAUCAUUAGUGACCGAGACGUCCGAUUCACAAGUGAGCUGUGGAAGAAGACUGCGGAACAGAUGGGCAGUCAACUUCAAAUGACUUCAAGGAAUCAUCCCGAAGCCAACGGACAGGCCGAACAAAUGAAUAGAGUUGUACAGCACUUGCUGAGGCAUUACAUCAAGCCCAGCCAGGAUGAUUGGGAUGAGCAGUUACCUCUCAUCGCCAGCCUGUACAACAAUGCUAUACAUAGUAGUACCGGCGUUAGUCCUAACCAGCUGCACWUAGGAUGGAAGCCUGGAUCAGCACUAGACUUCCUCCUACCUGAAAACCGACCUGUUGCAACUCCAGGCACACUUGAAUACGGUCUGCAAUAUGAUUAGUUGCUGCAAGAGGCUGUUGAACAUAUGAAGAAGGCUCAGCAAGCCAUGAUUGCUUCUGAGAAUCAACAUCGCAGACAGUC